CACUCCUCGCAAGGCUCCGCAAAUACUGUUAUCCAAUUGGUUCAUCUUCUUUACAUCAGGCAACAUGAAGUCAUGCUUUACUCCAGCAGAUACGAAUUGACGUAAACCUCAUCCUGUACUACUACCCCCAGUCAAAAUGGCCGCAAAGAACCCAGACUCCCUAACCAACGCCCAGGGCGAGUUCCAUCCUCGCCAGCCCGGCUCUGAACCCCUCGAAAAGUCUGGUCACCAAAUCGGCCAGAAGGUCAGCCCGGCUGAUAACGCACCUGAAUUCUCCGCAAAGACUCUACCACCAGGCACUGCUCCCAAGGAGUCGACCUUCCAACCCAACCCAGUCAACGAAGUCCCCGGCCAAGCCAACAACCCCGACGUCGAGCGUUCACAUGGCAAGGAAGGCGUCAAAACCGACGCACUAAGCACCCUCCCCGGCGCCACCUCCGCGGACGUGCACACCGGUCUCGGCCAUCCCGGUCAAGGCCAGACCUCAAAUGAGCUCCGACAUGACGGCCAACACGGCCGCAAAAGGGACACCCCCGGUAUUGAAGGUGCCGGUGCCACAGGAGGUAGUGGUUUGUACCCAGGCGAUACCAAUACCGAAUUCCGACGACUGCAAACGGAUGACCACCCCAAGGGCCCCAAUCCGGAGCAAGAUCACAACGCUACGCUCGCGGGCGCUGAAAGCAAAGUGCCUGCAAGCGCGGAGGAGGUUGCGGCCGAGGGUGACAAGGUCAAGAAACAUACUCCAGAUCACAACACCUACGGAACAACAGGAGUACCGGACCGAGGUGCUGCGAGCGACCGUCAGUACUAAAACUUGACACCUUGAGUCUUGAAUGAGAGGCAAAUGGUGGUUUAUGUGUGUGUGUACGACAUGAUGAUGACAGAGUGUGUGGGCUUUUGAGUAGCUUAUGGUACAUAUACCGUACCAACACUGCACAGUAUUAUCAUGGCGUGUGGUCCAUUUGCAUCUGAAUGAGAUGUCAAAAUUAAAAGUGACUUAGGUAUAGUCGGCAGAUCUUUGAUAGAUAAUUGAUCAACAUGCUGAACUCACGGCCAUGCUCUGUUUCGC